AUGGCGGUCGCGCUUUCCACGCCACCGGCCGCUAGCGCGCCGAAGGGCUUGACGCCACUCAGCCGGGCCAAUGGUUUAUGGCGAGGUGGCGCGGCCCCCGCAUCGGGAUCAAAAAGGGCGCCGCCGCAUUCGGAAUUCUGGGAAAGAAGCCGCCUUUUCUCACCCAAAACCCCUGAAGUAGCUAGUUUUGGACUUCCUGGGAUCCAACAUUAUGGGAUAGCUCGCACCUGUCGUGGCGGAGGUGUAUCGAUCCUCACCCGGAAUGGGAUACAGGUAGAGACAGGACCGGCGCUUGUUGCAGGCAUUGAGCUUGCACAGGUGACCAUCCAUCUAGAUGCAGGUAUGAAACUGACGAUUUCAUCACCAUACCUUCCCCCUGCUGCCACCAAGAUCACUCCAGAGGACCUCGAUAGACUCAACAACGCGGACGGGCCACAACCCAUAGGUGCAGACGUCAAUGCACACGCAUUGGCAUGGGACCACGAAGCCCCGCUUGAUUCCAGAUGCAGCGUUGUUGUGUAA